GGGGGGGGUGCUUCUGGCGCGCGCGCGGCGAGUUCCUUUGUACAGAGCCAUGGAUGAUGAGGGGAAAAGCUGCAUCCCUGCAGAAUUAUCUGAUAUGUUGGAAUCAGUUUCUUUUCUGGACCUGGUGGGUAAACCCUCACCUAUGGAGUCAACAGUACUGUGCAACCCAGAGGAGCAGGAGGCAUACCAACCUUUGAAAGUUUUCUUGAGGGUGAGGCCCUUUUCUGUAGCAGAACUGGAAAACCACGAAUCUCAGGGUUGUGUGAGUAUUGAAGAUCCCCAGACAGUAAUUCUUCAUGCACCCAAAGAGUCUGCUGCAAUGAAAAACAGCGAAAGAGGGAUUGGUCAGUCUGUGCACAGGUUCACCUUUUCUCAUGUGUUUGGACCAGAAACUACCCAAAGUGAAUUUUUUGAAGGCUCAACAAAAGAGAUAGUAAGAGCGUGUGUUAAUGGAGUGAAUGGACUGGUGUUUACUUAUGGGGUUACAAAUGCAGGCAAGACAUUCACUAUCCAAGGAACUUCAAAAGAUUUGGGUAUUUUGCCUCGCUCACUUGACAUGAUUUUUAACCACAUAAGGGGAAGACAGUAUCUGAAGAUGAACUUUAAGCCAUAUUUGAGCAAUGAUGUUAAGAAACUAGAAGAUGCACAAGUUAAACAAGAGGAAGCCAUUAAAGCUGCUCUUCUUGCAUCGCUGAAAGAGGAGACGGAAAAUGUCUCAGGUGCUGUUACAAAUAUGUGUCAUGUGGAGCUGACUCCUUCCAACUAUACUUCAAAAAAUCAGCCUUCUGAUCCACUAGCAGAGAAGAACUUUGUUCCACUUGACACACAUAGGACCAAUACAGAGCAAAGAACACAAGCAUCUGUGUGGAUUUCCUUUUGUGAGAUUUAUAAUGAAUAUGUGUAUGAUCUGUUGAGUGUAUUAUCUACAACUAAAAACCAGAAGCGUAGAGUCUUAAGGAUUUGUGAGGAUCAAGGAGGCAAUUCUUAUAUUAAAGACCUAAAGUGGAUUAACACUCAGAGCACUGAAGAAGCCUGCAAGAUACUAAAAAUAGGAAACAAGAACCGAAGCUUUGCUUGUACUAGAAUGAAUGAGCAAUCAAGUAGGAGUCACAGUAUAUUCUCAAUCCGGCUACUAAAGCUAACUGAUGAACAUCAACCACAUGUUCUUGGAGUUUCAGAGUUGUCUUUCUGUGACUUGGCUGGAUCAGAGAGGUGUAAUAAAACACAAGCCUUUGGAGACAGACUAAAAGAAGCAGGAAAUAUUAAUAAUUCUCUUCAUAUCCUUGGAAAAUGCAUUGCAGCACUGAAGCAGAAUCAAAAUCCAAAGAUGAAGCCAAGCUAUAUUCCAUUCAGAGAGAGCAAAUUGACUCGUCUGUUUCAGCCGUUCUUUUGUGGAAAAGGCAAAGCUUGUAUGAUUGUAAACAUCAAUCAACAUGCUUCCACGUAUGACGAAACACUGCAUGUAAUGAAAUUUUCAGCUAUAGCCAAACAGGUAAUCCAGACAAUCCUGCCCAAAAGUUUAGGUUACUUCCCACCAAAGUUAGUCGGAGGCGAUGGCAAACCUAUUGUACGCUUUGAUGUGAAUGCAUCUUUAGAUGACCUUCCUGACUGUACUGAAGCCUCCUCAGAAGAGGAAGUGGACAUCACCAUUCUGAGUCACGAGGAUCUGUUGAAAACUACAGAGAGCCUAAAAGAGAAGCUAGUUGCAGAAAGGCAAAGUAAACUCCUUCUGGAGGUGAAGAUACGUAAAGAGAUGGCAGAAGAAAUGUUCCGACAACUGCUGGAAACGGAGGAAGCCUGGAGCAACCGCUUGGAAGAUCUGAAAGACAGUUAUGAAGAAGCACUGGAGAGCAAAUUUGAAAUGUAUAAAGAGGCCAUCAAGAAACACGCGUACAUGUGCGCAAUGGAACAAAUUGAAGACCAUUAUGUUCCCAUAGAAGAAUUUAUAGCUGAACAAGAGAAAGUUGAGGAUAGAGAGAGUAAAAUAUUGCAAUUGGAAAGACAACUUGAUGAACAGUCACAGAAAUUGUUGGCUUUGGGAAGUCCGAAUUCAGAUAUACUGACUACUGAAAAUGGCACGGAACUCGAUCUUGCAAACAAGAUGAUGAAGAGAGCCAAUGAAGGACUGCAGAAACAAUGCACAGAGAAAGAUGAGCUUAUAAAGUCUCUGAAGCUGAAAAUACAGAAAUUAAAUGAAACUCUGCUAGAAGCUAAUGAAGGCUACAGAAAAAUGGCAGAAGAGAACAGCAGACUGAAGCAUACAAUCAUGCUCAAGGAUCAAGAAAUGAAUAAUCUUCAGAACUGGGCUAAACGUGUUCUUGAGCUUGAAGAAACAGUGUCUUCCCUGCAAAAAGAACUCGAACGCAAAAAGCAUUUCUCUGCUGAGGAACCAAAACAACAAAAACCCCGGAGAGGUUUGUUGGCUAACCUGAAAUCCACGGUAGCAGGCGCUGCUAGUACACCUCUUGGUAAAGGCUGGGGCAAGGGUGAAGACGUUUCAACCCCUUCAAGAAAACACGUACUGUUUGCUCAUAAACCAAAAGAAUAAUACUUGAUUAAUGAAACAUGCAAUUACUGGGCUGCUUCAUCAGUCUUUAACCAGUUGUUAAUCCAGACUGUUGUUAGCUGCUUUUUUCUACCCUGAGACUGCCAUCCUUACAGUCAUGUUAACUGACAAAUGUUUAAUGCAAGCCUUUUUAAAUCAUGUUGGGUCAAAUUUAGAGCUAUGUGACUGUAGACCUAAGCUUCUGCUUUUACUGUUGAUAUGGGGAUGGGAUUUGAGAUGUAUAUCAAUAUAUAAAAGUGUAUAUAUAACUUGAAUUCUUGAGUAACUGCUACUGAGGCCUUCUGUACUUACAAAUGUGAUUGAUGCGAAGUGGGAUGUUCCUCCUCUGAUUAUUACCUUUUAAAAUUAGAUAUUUUGUUUUUGUUGCUGAUUCCUACAAAUCAGAUGGCUUGUAUUUUUAUAAAUUAGCUUGAUUCUUCAGAAAAUACUGUGGCUUUGACCUGAGAACUACCCUCCUGGGACUAAACUGACCAGAUUGUUUAACAUUUGACCUCAUAAGAGAUAAAAUGAGGUCUUAUCUGGCUUCUUGCUAUUUUGUGGCUAACUUGACUUUGUAAAGGAACUUGUUUUAAUAUUGUUUGACUUCCCACUAAGGACAUGUAUUAAACUCUGAAAAAUCUAUUUAUAAUAAAACUUUCAAUUAUUAGAUUAA